AUGAUUACUCCUAAUGCCACAGCAGGUCCAAAAGGCAGUCGGGCAAAAGUCAUAUCUGAGUUGCGCGAGGCACAACGAAAGUCCCAUGUCCCAGCGUCUCGGGAUGACAGGGAGGCGUCGGCUGGCUUCGAUUCCUUCACAAGAACCUCUGGACUGCUGCCGCCGGAACUGAUUGCAACAUGCACCGACUUCUUCUUUACGAACAUGUACGGGACGAUGCCAAUCGUCGGUCGCCGAAGUAUCGUCGACAUGAUUAGCGAAAUGGACAACAACCUGGAAGCAUACUGUCUCAUCGCAUCGCUCUGCGGGUACAUGCUGAUACAACCCAACCUUGACCUGAAACCCGAAAGCCUUGGGCCGAUGGAACUGCCAGCGCAAUCCACCCUCCAGCUUGGACGCAUCCUACUCCGUGAGGCCAUAAAUGCCAGAAAGCAUCUGGACUACGUCGAGAGCCCCUCGAUCCGGUCAGUCGUAACGUCUUUCUUCCUGUUUGGCAGCUACUUCUGCCUCGAUCUGCAGGGGACGGCUUGGUUCCACUUACGAGAAGCGACUACGCUGGCGUUGACGACCGGUAUGCACGAGGAGUCGACAUACGCACAGCUGGACCGAGAGGGGAGCUCACGGCGACGUCGGCUGUACUGGCUCUUGUUUGUCACCGAGCGGGCAUAUGCCCUCCAGCAACAUCGUCCUCUGUCGCUACACGCAACGAUUGAUCUGCCCACACUGCAAGCUGAUCAGGUGGAGACAGAGCUCAACGGCUUCCUCCAUCUCGUGAGCCUGUUUCGACCUUUCGAUGAUACAUUCGUGGGCUUGUGGAACAAAGCACGUACCGGAUGCUCGACAGAAUGGUUGGCCACCUUGCAAAAGCAGCUGUCUGAUGCUCUUCCGACAUACAUCCAGAGCACAGAAUGCCAGGCUGUCGAUCUGAAAGUGUCGCAGCAAUGGCUUAGAACCAUGGUCUGGCAGCUGUCAAUCAGUCAUGGCUAUCUGUCUUCGAGGGCGAUUGAGCAGUCGAUGAGCUUUCAUUUCCCGAUUGAGGUUUCGCGGGAGCUCGUAUCGGCCACGAGCAAGUUCUCGCACGAAGCGAUGGAGACGCAUGGCAUAGGUCUGCUCGAAAAGCUCUUCGACAUCAGCUGCACCCUAGCCGAUGUGAUAUCCUACGUACCCUACGAGCAGCAAUUCUUCGACUCCUACGGACCUCGAGAGUACCUGCACCAACUCAUGUCCCUCAUCUCAACCCUCCGUGGCGGUCAAGAAAGGUACAUGCCGCUCCUACUUUCUAAGAUCAACGACACCAUGCCCAACGCUCCAGGCUAUGCUCUCAAUUCGGUCGCAACCAGCUCGCAUGAGGAGGAAAUGUAUGACCGAAGUGAGGCAGCUGGUAGCAGCAGUGGAUCCUCAGGAUUUGGAAGUCCUCCUCUCAGAGUGCCGGAGCAACAGCGGUCGAAUACUUUCAAUGGAUUCACUGCAGACUAUGCGCCAGCCUUGAAUGCCAAUGUUUCGCAGAGCUUCGCUCAGCCGCUGGCGACUACGAACUUGGAUUACCUGGACUUGCCAUUGACUACCGCUCCCUUUCAGAUGUUCGCGGAGCCAUUGGUAUUUCCGGAAGUCAGUGGGCAUGUCAGCUAUGACUCCAGCAGUGAUAUGUAG